AAGGAAGGGGAAGGAAGAACGGACUUGAUCAGCCCUUUUCUCACUGUAGAGGAACAAUUACUAUUUUAUUCUUUUUGGAAAAAAAAUCUUAAAAUCACUGACACUGGUAUAAGAUGAACUGAAGCAGAAUUUCAGUUACCAGCAGUCAGCAUUUCCAGUCAACAUUCCACUUUGCUUUCUUUUAACUAAAGAGUCUUUUCAUUAACCUUCAGUCUGAAUCCAUUUCUAACCAAGAAAAAGCCCUGCUCUGACGAUUGAGAGACACACCAUCAGGCACUUUACUAGUGAGUCUCCAACAACACUUCUCUGAAAACAAAUACAACAUUGAGCUUGUAUACUUUAGGUCAUAUGGAGAUUCCAACCAGCUGAAAGUCUGCUCCACUCUUGCGAAGUUCAGGGGUCAGGAUCAUUCAUGGAGAAGUGCUUUAGCAGGAUCAGGCAUCAAUAACUGCUGUCUCUUAGUCAAAUAAUUACAUCUGUGACUUUUUUUAACCUGUUGGCUGCCAACAUCAAAAGAACUGUGGAAACUCCUGCUCUUCUCUUCUGCAGUGCUGGGACCGGGCAUACUGAGAAAGUGGGACCAAGACAACACAGCACUAGAGGACGUGGUGAAAGGAAACAUUCUCUUCCUCUGAACUUCUCUCCAUUGUCAUUGUGCUUCACCUUGGAGACAACCUGCUCAGCCUCAAUGGGCUUCGAUGUGCUCCUGGAUAAAGCUGGAGAUCUGGGGAGAUUUCAGAUCCUUCAGAUUGCUUUCUUUUUUGUCGCCAAUGUUAUAACAUACACUCAUAUUCUGUUGGAGAACUUCACUGCAGCCAUCCCUGGGCAUCGCUGCUGGGUCCCCCUCCUGGACAACCACACCACCUCUGGCAAUGACUCUGACAUCUUCAGCCAAGACGCCCUCCUGAGAGUCUCCAUCCCGCUGGAUGCAAAUCUGAGGCCAGAGAAGUGCCGUCGCUUCACCCAUCCCCAGUGGCAGCUCCUUCAUCUGAACAGGACCUUCCCCAAUGUAAGUGAGUCAGACACAGAGCCCUGUGUGGAUGGCUGGGUGUACGAUCAGAGCUCCUUCUCCUCCACCAUUGUGACUAAGUGGGACCUCGUCUGUGAAUCUCAGUCACAAAAAUCAGUGGUUCAAACCCUGUUCAUGAGUGGGUCGCUGCUGGGAAGUCUGAUAUUUGGCUAUCUCUCAGACAGGUAUGGAAGGAAGGGGGUUUACACAUGGUGUCUCCUCCAGACGGCCAUCAUGGACACCUGUGCCACCUUUGCUCCCACCUUCCUCAUCUUCUGCAUUCUACGCUUCUUGGCUGGAUUUUCUGUCAUAAUUGUUUUGUCAAACUCUUCCAUCCUUGCAUCCGAGUGGGCAGUAACCAACUCACAACAUAUAGGAGUAACACUGUUGUUAUGUGCCCACAGCAUUGGGCAGAUACUCUUGGGAGGAUUAGCUUUUGCCAUUCGAGACUGGCACACACUGCAUCUGACUGCGUCUAUACCCUUGUUUGUCCUGUCCUUGCUCUCCAGGAGGCUGGUGGAGUCUGCUCGGUGGCUAAUUACCACCAAUCAGCUAGUUGAGGCCACCAAGGCACUUAGAAGAGUUGCACACAUCAAUGGAAAAGAGAGUGCUGGAGAGAUCCUGACCCUUGAGUUUGUGAGGUCCACCAUGAAGGAGGAGAUGGACAAAGCCUCAACCAAACCAUCCAUGGUCGAGAUGUUCCAUGCACACAAACUGCGCAUGAGAAUUUUCUACAUAAGCCUUCUGAGGCUGGGAACCACUGUACCUUUUUACGGCUUGAUACUCAACCUACAGGAACUGGGGAGCAGUACCUUCAUGUUCCAGAUCCUCUUUGGAGCUGUCACAUUCAUAUCCAGAUGUAUUAUCCUUUUGAUAACUAAAUACAUGGAUCGUCGGAUCAGUCAGUCGUUGUUUUCCUUCCUGGCAGGACUUUGCAUUCUGGUCAACACCUUUUUGUUCAAAGAAAUGCAGACUCUACGCGUGAUUUUAGCAACUUUGGGAAUUGGUGCUGUUUCUGCUUCCACUACUACUUUUGCAGUCCAAUAUGCAGAACUCAUCCCUACUAUAUGCAGGUCAACAGUUGCAGGAAUCAAUAAUGUGUUCUCAAGAACUGGAGCAGUACUAGCACCCCUCCUGAUGACCUUAGUGGUGUAUUUGCCCCACCUGCCCUGGAUCAUGUAUGGAGUCUUCCCCAUCCUUUCUGGCCUGAUUGUGUUUGGCCUUCCGGAAACCAGGAAUCAGCCUCUUCCUAACACCAUUCAGGAUGUGGAAAAGGACACAAAAGAUUCGAGGAGAGUAAAGGAUGAUGAUACUUUCCUGAAAACCACACAAUUUUAAGACAUUCCCAAGAAUCGACCCAAAGAAGAGCUAAAUAAGGAGGAAAAAAUAAAGCUUGAUCCUAUAUAUCUAUAAACCAGUGAAAAUGUAAUGUUCAAAUGAAUGCCUUUUACAUUCAUAGAACAAAAUAUAUCAAUUUUCCCAAAAUAAUUAUUAGUUCUUAAUUCCACAAAGCAGCUGUUUAUAUGGGGGACUAGUUGAAAGCUAGCUCCGAAUUCAUCUGCAAAUUAUUAACAGCCAAGGUGUCUUAGAAAAAGCAGCAUUCUUUAUGUGUUCUAACCAUUGCACUCAUGGGUAUUACCAAAGGAAAUGAAAUCACUAUGUCAAAGAGAUAUCUACACUUGCAUGUUAAUUACAACACUAUUCCUAAUUACCAAAAUGUGGAAGCAAUGUAAAUGUCUAAUAGAUGAAUAAAUACAGAAUAGUUUGUAUAGAUACUGAAUAUUAUUCAGUUGUUCAAAAUAUAUUAUCCUAUCAUUUACAACAAAAAGGAUGGAUCAGGUGGACGUUAUGAGAACUGAAAAUUGACAAGCAUGGAAAGACAAAUGCUGCAUAUCUCACUCAUACAUAGAGUCUAAGAUAAAUCGAUCUCACAGAAAUAGAGCAUAGAUGAUGGUUACCUGAGGCUAGUCGGUUGGAUGAGGGAUGCAGGUGGGGAAAUGCUGGUCAAAGGAUAUAAAAUUACAGUUAUAUAGAAAGAAUAAGCUCAAGAGACCUGCUGUAUAGCCCUGUGACAAAAGUAGACAACAAUAUGUUGUAUUCUUUUAAAAUGCUUAGAGUGGGUGGUAUUAUAACUACAAAAAAUGAUAUUUUAUGAUGUAAUUAUAUGUUAAGUAGCCAAAUGUAACCAUUCUGUUAUGCAAAUAGGCAUCGAAAACUCGUGUUCUGUAUAAUAAGUACAAUUACCUUUAUCUACAAAUUCAAAAAUAAGUAAAUGAAUUUGAAAAAGGGAAAAGCACAAUAAGGGUGACUAAAGUGAUCAUAUAUGAUAAAUCAUAUGAUGAAUUUUUGAAAUUACAGACAUCAGAAUUUGAAAUUUCAGAAGUGACCAGCAGUCAUGGUAAUUCCAGAGAAGAUGCAAACAUGUACAAUCUAUGAAAUUUUGGCACCAAAAAAUCACAUCUAAGUUAAAAGAUUAUGUAAUAAAUAGUAGUAAUUUCCAUUUUGGAAAUAAACAAAUUCACAAACAUGAUGGCAAUGGUUUACUUUUGGUGGUGAUAGGUUUUUUUCCCUUGCAUUCCUUCAGCUCCAUAUUUUAAGCAAAUGUGAAAUAUUUGAAUUAUUAUAAGUAUUAUCAAAUAUUAAAGCACAACUUGUAUGGUAAAAGACUUCAAAAUAUAUGUGUUUGCAUGUACUUAAUAUACAUAUCAUUAUAAAUAAAGCUACAGUUAUGUACAAAUCAUAAACAUUAAGGAUAGUUUUCAAGAGUAACACAACAUGGGUAAUAAAUAUGUGAAAAAUGUAAAAAUUGAAUUGUGUUAAAAGAAAAAUACACUACAAUGAAAUACCAACUUUCAUUUCCAAAAGCAGCAAAUAUUUUAAAGGAGCCAGUCAUACUUGAGAUGGGUGAGGUAUACUGAAACUGACAUUCAAGCAAUACUGAGGGAGCUACUAAAUAAACCAUAUUUUGAAGCUGCUAAAAAAAUACUUUAACUUAACAAAAGU